AUGGGUUUAGAAGGUGGGAGAGUGAACCUCAUCGCUAACCUUGUGGAUAAGUUUCUUAUAAUCACUGAUUCCAAUGGACUACAAAUAGAAGUUAAUCGUCUGCUAGAAGUCCUUGCUCGCAGCAUUGUCAAUGAAGAACGACAAAUUGAAAAACGUUCGAGGUUGUGGAAAUCUCAAGAUAUUUAUUAUCUAUUUCGCAAAAACAAGGGGACUGAAUCCACCGAAGGUAUCUUCUUGAAGGUUGACCAAAUCGGAUUCAAGGUACAUGGCUUGCACUCUUUUUUUAAGAAGGAUGAACAUGACUUGCACUUGCAACCCGACACUUUCAUGAAGAUGAAGAAACUCCGAUUCCUCGUGAUUGGUGAGUGCGCUAGCAGUCUAGUUACUCCAAAGGAUGGGUUAAAAUAUCUACCAAACGCGUUGAGAAUUCUUGACUGGCAUUCGUUUGCUUCUAAGUGUUUGCCUUGUCAAUUUUCUGCUGAAAAUCUUAUCAAACUUAAUCUGCCAUGUAGCCAGAUUGAACAACUUUGGGAAAGUGAUGAACAACUUAAUGCGGAUUUGGGGAAUUUGAAAUUCCUUAAUCUCACGGGAUCAAAAAGGCUAAGAAAGUUGCCUGAUCUCUCCAGGGCUAAAAAGCUUUAA